AUGCAAGCCUUCCUAAAGAGUUCAGAGGGGUGUUUUCAGCUGAAGCCACACACCACGACCAUAGGCAGGGAUGAGAGAUCCAGCAUCACCCUGCAGCCCGCAGGUGCUGCAGAGCAUCAGGCAGCCCUCACCUUCAGCGCCUCAGACAACAGCUUCGUCCUUCAGGACUUCAACUCCCCCCAAGGCACUUUUGUCAACGGCUGCCAGGUCCAAAACGCUGCGGUCAGAGUGAGCCCCGGGGACACCCUGCGCUUUGGUGCUGGGGGAGCAGCCUUCGAGCUGCUGCUGGAUGGGACCGCCCGGACGUCCCAUCCCCCCGUGAAACGUCGCACAGCAUGGACUGGGCAGCUCCAGGUGGUUGCAGAGCCCAAAGCCUCAGCUCCUGCCUCUCCUCCCCACCUCCCCUCACUGCAGCAGCAGCAGCAGCAGCAUCCCCCAGGAGCAGCCACCCACAUGCCACAUCCACCCCUGCAGAAGCGCCCUGGGAGCGUGGCCACAACCAGCUGGAUGGAUGCUGUCAGCAGGACCUCUGCAGUGAGGCCAGUUUCCAGGAGCAUCUCAGGGGACAGUGUGAGUGGUGUGGGCACAGCCCCUUCCUCCAGGACUCACACCAUGGAUGUCUUCCCACAGGAGAAGGGUGAAAAGCUGCUGAGGCUGGAGAAGGAGAUCAGUCGCCUCUCAGGUUUGGAAUCAGAACCCAAGAAGAAAGCUGCAGUGGUAAGAGAACUGCAGGAUGAGAUUGCAGCAAUGGCAAAGACUCUGGCUCAGGCAGCAGCGAGGAACGAGGUUGAGCUGACCCAGAAGCUGCUCACCUUCGACAGAGAGCUGGCAGCCAAAACAGAGGAGAUUAGAGCCUUGAGGGAACAGAUCAGUGACCUGCAGAAAGGCUCAAGCCAAGUUUUCAGCCAUUCCCUCUAUGAAAGAGACCUGGAGAUAGGAAGGCUGAGUAAAGAGAGCGAGAAGUUGAAGAAGGACCAAGCUUUGGCUGCAGGUCUGGUAACCAGCCUGCAAAGGGAGAUCUGCAGGAAGGAGCAGCAAAUCCAGCAGCUCGAGGAAGGUGUUGCAAAACUGAAGAAGGAAAACAGAGAAAAGGACAGUCAGCUAGCAGUUGUUUCUGCCAAGUGUUCUAGAAUUAAAGAGGAAACGAAGCGUGAACUCGGAGAACAAGAAGUGGUGGCCUGCAGAAAUCGCAUCAGGGAGCUGGAACGUGACCUGGAGGGGCUGCAAGGAGAAGUCCAGAAGUGUUGUGCCAAGCAGCACAGCCUCCACAAGCAGCUGGCUGAAAAAGCCAAGGCUGAGGAGCAGCUGAGGGAAGGCUGUGCCAGGCAGGCUCUGCAGCUGCAGGAGAUGGGGCGCAGGGAACGCCUGCUGAGAGCUGACCUGGGCCGGGCCACCGAGCAGUUGGAGUCUUUCAGAACUCAAGUGAUACGAAUCUGUUCUCCUGAAGCAGCAGAUGCUGCAGUGAAAGCCACAACAGAGCAGCAGGUGAUGGAGAAGGUCAGACAGAUCUCCGAUGAGAACAGACAGAGUCAUGAGCGAGAGAAGUGUCUGCAGGAGGAAUUAAACCUCAGGCUCUCAAAGGAAAAGGAGUUGUCUGCAAACAUUGAGGUGCUCAAGGAAUCCCUGCAGGAGCUCCAGGCUGGCCUGAGGAGCUCCUGCAGCAGUGAGAGCCUCAGAGGGGAGCUGGGGAAGCUGGAGGCAGUGUGCCUGGAUCCCCUCAUCUCAACCAUCAGGGUGGCAGUGCUGGAAGUGGCACAUGUGCCCCUGUCCUGGCUGGAGGGCAUGGAGCAGCUCCUGGCAAGUGCAAGGAUGGACCCACGUGCCUCUGGCAAAGGGCUGUUGGCUGCUCUCAGGACAUUGUUGGAAACCAGUCAGGAAACUGCAGAGAGGAAUCAGGCAUUGCAGAUCCAGUUAGAGAGUGUCCAGGAGACACAGGCAGCUUUACAGGAGCACGUGAGGGAGCUGGAAGCACAACACGAGCGAGACCUACAGACCAGAAUAGAGCAAAUGACACUGCACAAGGACCAGGAGAGCAAAGAGCUGCUGGAGAUUGCUGUUGCCAAGGAGAAGGACAAGUGCAAGCAAUGUGUGGAGGAAGAACAGAAGAAGAACCAAGAACUGGAGAGCCAACUGAGAAGCAUGACUGAGGCAAUAGCAAGGAAGUCAGAGGAGCAGGAGGCUGCAGCCUGCAAACUGAGAGCAGCUCUGCUGAAGCUGGAGGAAGCUGCCACACGAGAGGUUGUGUUGCAGCAGCAGCUGGUCACAGGAGAUGAGCAGCUCAGGAGCAUUCAGGAGGAGCAAGAGGCAGAGAGGCAGAAACUGCAGGAAGAAAUAGCAGAAUAUAAAGAGCAAAGCAAGCAGCAUUCUCUGACAAUUGUGGCUUUGGAGGACAAGCUGCUGGAGGCCAAGAAGCAGCUGGAGAUGCUGGAGGAGGAAAAGGCAGCACUCAUGGGAAAAAUAGAAGGACUCCAGGGUGCUGCUGGCAAGUUGACAUCAGGAGCUUUGCUGGAGGUUUCUUCUGCCUCUGAGCCACACAGUUGUCAGAGAAUGCUCAGGGAGGAGCUGGCAGCAGUGCAGAGCCUGCUCCUGUCCAAGGAGGCCAUCAUCACCCAACUGACCAAGGAGCUGGUGGGAACCAGAGCCAGGAUGUCAGACAUGAGAGGUGAGCUGAGCGAGGAGCAGAAGGUGAAACUGGAGCAGAGCCUGAGCCAGCUGAAAUGUCGAGGGCAGGAGCUGACCCUGCUCAGAGAGAAGCUCUCCCAGAUGUCCAGGCUGGUGGAGAAGAAGGAUCAAGCCCUGAAAGCAGCAGCUGAAGAGUUGAGGCAAGCCCAAGCCCAGUGCCAGGCUCUGAGGGAGAGGGAUGGCUCCCAGGAAACACCACAAGAGCCGGUGGAUGCUCCUGGGAUGUCGCAGCAGGCGGGAGAAGCCUCCGAGAGGGUAAAUCCACACGAGAACUCAAAAGGUGGUUGCAGCAGCAGAUGGAGGGACUGUAGAAUGGUACAUCCUGUCCCAUGGCAGGGGCAGACAGCGUGCCAGCAUGGAAGGCUGGAUGAGUGGGGGCCAAACGGUGACUCACAGCCAGAUGACAAGCAGGAGCUAUCACCCCUCCUCUGCUGCUUCCAGGAACCAGCGUGGGACUUGGCUGACCUGGGUGCGAAAUGCCGAGGCCUCAGGCACGAGGAGACGAUCCAGCGCCAGAGGGAAGGUUUGGCUGAGCUCAGGGAGAGGGUAAAGAUGCUGGAGAAGAGGCACUCCUCAGCUGCUAUGAAGAAGGAUUCAGAGCUGCUGGGAGUCCUGACAAAAGAUUUACCAGAGAAAAUAGCCCAAAAAAUAGGUCUCAAGAAGGAACCUGCAUCUGUAUUGGGAACCAAACUGAAGGCAGAUGAGGCUCCUGUCAGGGGAUGUCACAGGGCUGGUGAUGGAGCAGUUUGCUGGGAGAUGGCAGAUGGGACAGACCUCAGGGAGAAGAUGUACCUGGAUGUCAUUGGUGCCCUGGGAAGCCUGAUGGAGGUGAAGGGGCUGUCAGGAAUGCAGAGUCUGAAGCUCCUUCCCCAAGAGGAGAGGGAAAAAGCAGGAUUGAGGAGACAGAAGGACCUGGAACUGCUGUAUGAUAAGAUUAGGAACCUCAAGAGUCGCCUGAAGAGGAAAGAGGAGAUGCUGAAAGAGUACGAGGGCAGCAUGGAGCAGCUCAGGCUGAGCCAAGCGUCCCUGCAAAGGUGCCAGGAGGAGGUGGCCAAACUAGAAGCUGAAGCCUACAGGGAGGCAGAGGAGAAGGCUCUGCUGAAAGAGGCUCUGGAGAGGAUGCAGCUCCAGCUGAACCAGGAGAAGAGGCUGCUGCGAGCAGCCAAAGUGCAGCAGCCUGGAGCCAAGAAGCCUUUCUGCUCAGGAAAGCCCAAGGCCAAAAAGCACACGGCAGCAGUUGUCAAGGCUGGAAGCCCAUAG